AUAUGGGAGAUGUGGGGAAAUUAUUUGAGGAAUUUCAUGAAAGAACGUCUGACAAAAUCUUAGAGUCGAAUAUGAUUGAAGAAGAGGGGGUACCGAUGGAUCUCGAAAGUAAUGACGAGGAUCACGUUUCGAAAUAG